CUCAACCCAUGUUCACUCUUUAUAAACUCAUGCAAAACACAUCCACAUUGUCCUUCCUACAAACUAUAAACUCCAUCUCUCUUUCUUCCAUCUCAACCAUCAAAUUAAACCUAAUGGUAUCACUCGAACCCCCGACGGAGACGAGCCCCGUCCCCGCCCGGAUCUCCUUCUCAGCCGAGUUCCUCGACGACACCAACUUCAUCUCCAUCUGCCCCAAGGAGAGAGAUCAAAAGGCCGACAUCCCAAGAACCGCCGCCGACUUCGAAUUCCUCUCCGGCGCCGCCACCCCCAACAUGACCACCGCCGACGAGCUCUUCUCCGAGGGCAAGCUCCUCCCCUUCAGGCAAUCCCAGCCCCUCCACAACCUCACCCUCAAAACCACCAACUCCGAUGAAACCCUCUCCGCCGCCCCGCCGCCGCAGACGGUCAACGCCGACGACGACCAGCGCCGGAUCAGCUGGUUCCUCGACGACGACCCCUCGCCGCGCCCCCCCAAAUGCACCGUCCUCUGGAAGGAGCUCCUCCGCCUCAAGAAGCAGCGCUCCUCCACGCUCUCCCCGUCUCUUUCCUCGUCUUCGUCCUCGUCCUCAUCGUCUUCAACCGAGGAGGAGAGGAAGAAAGGAGGCAAUAAUAAUAAUAAUAAUAAGGCGGCGAAUAAAGUGAAGAAAGGGCUGGAGAGGACGAGAUCGGUGAAUAUAAGGAUUCGGCCAAUGAUUAAUGUCCCAAUCUGCACGGCGGCGAGGAGCACGGCGCUGCCGCCGCUCUUCCCGGCGAGGAGGGGAGGGAAGUUGGAGGGCUAGGGAAUUCAUUACAUUACAUUACAUGAGAUUUUUAUUUUUUUUUGUAUUUUUUCAUGUAUUGAUUUUUUUUACUGUUCUAUAUAGAUUAUUGUUGAAUUAAUUGAUCUGGUGGACAGUUGAUGUAGAGUGGUCAUUUUGUGUUUAGUAAUUCUGUCAUGAACUAAUUAACACUGU